AUGGAUGAAGGUGAAAAAGAUCCCCCGAAAAAUCCAAAUGAAAAAGGUUUGGAUCUGGACUCCAUCAUCGACACAUAUGAUAAUUGGCAGUUGGUCAUUGCUGAUUUGAUGAAAAAGAAAACGGAAUUAUCUGAAGAAACAAAAAACGUCAGGAGAGACACGGAGAGACUAGAGAGAAAAAACACAGAGCUUGAAAGAACUGUUGCUGAUCUUCAGGGCAUGAUUGAUACCCUGCAUAAACAACUUCACACUGUCUGUGACCUAGAGGAAAACAUCAGAAAGGGUAAAGAAGAAAUCAAACGCAAAACAAACGAGCUUUGUGACGCAAAAUCAGAGGCAAAUGCUCAAAAAAUAAAUCAUGCAAAAUUAAUUGAAAAGAUACAAGCAGAACACUCGCAAGAGAGGAAUGAAUUGACAGAAACAUUUAACAAAGAGAAAAAUAUGGAAAUUGACAAAUUAAGAGAAAUAAUUGAACAGAAAAACGACGAAAUUUACCGGAUGCAACAAAAAGUAGACAAAAUCAACGGCGAAAAGGAAUCUGAAAUACUCAGAAUUUCAAUGGAUUACGAAAGCAAAUUGUCGAAACUGAAGCAAAAAACUAUUCCACCUACCCAGUCAAAUUCUUCAAAUCAAGAGAUUUUCCGAAAGAAACUUCUACAUCUGAAAACAGAAUAUGACAGGGAAGUGAAUCAUCUUAAGUACACUAUAUCAGAUCUUCAGGAGAAAUUGGCAUCACAGGCAAAUACGAGUCGGAUGUCGUCUUCCGGAAAGAAAAGAAAAAAUUAG